AUGAGUUACAUACGGAGAAAAGAGGGUAUUAAUGUUGUGGUACAAAAGGAAACCAUGGAACAGGUGUCAGAGAACAAAUUUCCUUUCAAUGCAGAAAAUUACAAAUUAUAUGAAGAAGUUGGAGAAGGUGUCAGUGCCACGGUCCCAGGUUUGGUUAAUGUUGACUUUGCAGAUGUGCGAGCUAUCAUGGAAAAUGCAGGGUCAUUUCUAAUGGGAAUAGGAAUUGCAACUGGCAAGACCAGGGCAAGAGAUGCUGCAUUGAAUGCCAUUCAAUCACCUUUAUUAGAUAUUGGUAUAGAAAGAGCUACUGGGAUAGUCUGGAACAUAAUUGGAGGAAGCGAUCUCACUCUAUAUGAGGAUGAUGCAGUGAAGAACCUAACAAAGAACAGAGGCGAGCUCACAAUCGUUCGUCUCUUGCAAGGUGAAAACGUCGCCGCUGUUCUCACCUACAUCUACGAUGAAAUUCAAUGGCUAUUAGUGAAAGACGAAGCUGCUGUGAAGCUCGAUGAGUCACCCUAUUUCUUCACUCUUCAUGUUCCAUUGUCGUCUCUCAUCGUCUCCAUCAUUGCCUCUCACCAUUGGGAUCCAGUCAUGUGUAUCUCGAACCAGAUCUAG